AUGGUCCACUUGCUUGGUUUCCAGCUGGGCAACCAGUGGCCACCUUGCUCUGGCAACGAUAAUCGGUUGCUCUCGCUGUUCAACCUGCUCUGUAAUACAACCCAAACGACGACGAUCACAACGCGAGACGCUUGUUACGGUUGCUUCUUUCGCGCAGGAGCGCUCGUGCCAGGUCCGGCCCAGCUGACCGCCAUCAGUCAAUGCGCAUCGUUGUAUCUUAUAAACACCAGUUUUUCGGUUUGUGCGACAAAUUUGGCAGCAAUUGUAACCGGAUUUCGUCCCAUCAACGUUGUAUCGACGGGAAGCACUGCUUUGGAUUGCUAUACAGGCCAUUGCGAGUUCGUUCAGUGUGUGCGAAGGAUUAAUGGGAACAUGUUGAUCAAUCAAUGUCUACUGGAGACCCUCGUAAACCGUGAUCUCAACGUGGAAGCUCAGCGAAUCGGAUUCUACGUUAACGCUACGUCCUGCAUUCUGGCGAGGGCUCGUUGCAACACGUACAAUCCGAUAACGGGACAGCUGCAGCAACCGCUGAAUACUCCCACUGGCACAACUGGCAGGACUGGGCCUAAUUCGCUGCAAAUAUCGCCAACUGGGGACCUUCGGGUAAUAAUGUUCCCAUUGAAAGUAACCGUCGGAGACGCUUUCUGCUCUUCAAGAACGUUUCUCGAUCAAUCUUCAUUUGGAAAUGCGAUAUGUUGA